AUGCAGCUCGACGCCCUUCUCUUUUGCUUCUUCACGUUCUUUUCCGUCGUCAACGCCGCCGCUAUCCCUUUUCGACGCGUCAAGCUACCAUCGAAUUUUCGACGCUCAGCAACUACCAGUGAUCUCCUUGAGAGGAGACACCACCGAUUUAUCGCGAAGAGGGAAGCCGUCACCCUCGUUCCGCCUGGAGGAACUCCAACCACAACUGUGACUCUCGUCAGAGGUGGUGUCGAACCAACGACUAUGGAGAUUGUGCUCGGCGCCCCACCAGCCCCAACCUCAACCACGUCUUCCACUUCAAAUUCCCCCUCAACAACUCCGACACCAUCUUCCCCUUCAACAACUUCGGCUCCUUCCUCUUCCUCUGCAUCCCCGUCUAUUACCUCUACCUCCGCCCCUACCCCAUCUCAACCCCCAGCCGACAACGAUGGUUCAAGAAAAUACGUCGUUGCCCAUCACAUGGUCGGCAACACCUUCCCGUACACGCUCGAAGAUUGGGCCGAAGAUAUCUCACUCGCUCAUGCUGCGGGAAUUGAUGGUUUUGCAUUGAACAUGGGUCGCGAUGAAUGGCAGCCUGCGCGUGUGGCUGAUGCCUACGAAGCCGCGAAACGAUCAGGCCUCGACUUCAAGCUAUUCUUGUCUCUUGAUAUGUCCUCAUUCCCUUGUGACUCACCUGACGAUGCCCAAACUCUCCGAAACCUCGUCAAUUCCCAUGCCUCCCACCCAAACCAACUCCAGUAUAACUCCAAGACCUUCGUCUCUACAUUCGCGGGAGAGAACUGUAACUUUGGCCAAGGCAGCGCUGCAGAGGGCUGGAAGACGCAGUUCACGAAGCACCCUGACCUUGCGGGCAAGAUCUACUUCGUUCCUGCGUUCUUCAUCGAUCCUGCUGCUUUUAAGGACUUUGCGGACGUCAUGGACGGUGACUUCAGCUGGAACUCUGGCUGGCCCGUCGAAGUGACAACCCCCUUCGCCCAAACCCAACUCGAGCAGCAAUCCAACAAAGAAUCCUCCAGCAGGACUAUCCUCGGCGUGGUCACCAACGCUGCUGGAGCCGUCGGCGACCUUGAACGGAAACUCGAGGCAGCCAUGACUGGCGUUCUCAGUAAGCUCCAGCUCGCAUUGACCAAGUUCAUUGGCACAAGGGAUAUGGACGAGGAGCACUUGAGCGGGCUGGCACAGCUGCAUAGCACCCUCCAGAAGAGGGACGGCGAGGCGGACAAGCCGGCGUAUAUGGGUGCGGUCUCACCGUGGUUCUUCACGCAUUAUGGUCCGGAUUCGUUUAACAAGAACUUCGUCUUCCUGUCAGACCAGCACCUCUACUCGAAGCGUUGGGAAUCCAUCAUCAACUCCCGAGAUCAGUACGACAUCGUCCAGGUCCUGACUUGGAAUGACUACGGCGAGUCUCACUACAUUGGUCCGAUUAAGGGUGCGCAACCAAACAGUGAGGCGUGGACCGACGGCAUGAACCAUACUGCAUGGCUCGAAUUGACCCAGUACUACGCCACCGCCUUCAAGACCGGCCAGUUUCCCAAGAUCGAGACCGACAAGAUCUUCAUGUGGUCCCGCCCUCACUCCACCAAGGCACAAACCUCCGACCCCGUUCCACAGCCCUCCAAUUUCGAACUUUUCGAAGACGCCGUCUGGGCAGUCGUAAUGACCACGGAACCCUCGACGGUCACUCUCGCUACCUCUGACACGACCUCUAAGAGCUUCGAGGUCCCUGCAGGCGUUACCAAGCUCGCUAUUCCUAUCACUCCUGGUGGCACAAUGAGGGGCACGAUCCAGCGUGGCGGGCAAGUGAUUGUUGAGCUCAACCCGAAGGAGUUCACGUUCCAGGGAAGCCCGAAAACGUAUAACUUCAAUGCGUUCGUUGCUAGCGCUGCCUCAUGA